AUGCGUGUAGUUGCAAAUUUGACGACAAUGUUCCGUGAGAUGGAUUUACUACAAAAAUAUGGGAAAGCAGCUGCACUUGGAUUUCAACUUGUUGAAGUAUCACUGCCGUAUGAAUGGUCAGCGGAGGAACUGCUACAACAAGCCGAACGUUAUCACCUCAAACAUGUCCUGAUUAAUGCACCCGCAGGUAAUUGGUCUGAAGGCUUUCGUGGUCUUGCAGCUCUUCCGGAGCAAAGAUCCAUGUUUAUUGAGUCUUUGAAUAUCGCAGUUCAGUAUGCGAAAAAACUGAAUGUACAAAAGGUUCACGUAAUGGCUGGUAUAGCUGAUCGAACCGAUGAGAGUUACGAAGUUUAUGUUAAGAAUAUUCGUUUGGCUUGUCAGCAAUUUAGAAAGGAAUCAAUAGUUUGUCUCAUUGAACCAAUCUGCGAAGCUGCUAUUCCUGGCUAUUUCAUGAAUUCUUAUUCGAAAGCUCUGAAAGUAUUAAAGGAAAUCAAUGAACCGAACCUGAAGAUCAUGUUGGAUCUGUUUCAUGUUCAACAAAUUUGUGGGCAGCUUACCACUAUUAUUGAAACACUGGCACCUUUUACAGGACAUGUUCAAGUGGCUCAAGUACCAGAUCGUCGUGAACCCGAUACAGAUGGCGAAAUAAAUUAUAGUUACGUGUUCAAUAUACUGAAGAAAUUUGGCGAUUGGGACGUCGGUUGUGAAUAUUUGAAUAGUGGAUGCGAUGAUCAGUGCCUCAAAUGGGUGAUUAGUUAUGGUCUUACAUUCUGA